AUGGCGGCAACUGAGAUUGAAGACCAAAGAAAAGACGAUGAUGAUUUGGAGAAAGAUUUUUUUCCCACUUCUUUUGGUGAUUAUGAUUUAUGGUCAGCAAAGGCAUUGGACAUUCCGCACUUGAAUCCAUACUUAAAAAGAGAUGCAGAUUUCACACAUGGAGUAAAUUUUGCGGUUGCUGGUGCCACAGCACUCCCUGCAGAGUUUCUUGCAGAUAAAAAUAUAGUAAAUUAUGUCACAAAUAGCUCUCUCAGCGUACAGCUUGAUUGGAUGUGGUCGCACUUCAACUCCAUUUGCUAUAAUGACCAAGAUUGUGCAGAAAAACUCAAGAAUUCCCUAUUUGUAGUUGGGGAAAUAGGAAGCAAUGACUAUUACUAUGCAUUGCCACAGGGAAAAACGAUGAAGGAUGUCAAUGGCAUGGUUUUUGAUGUUGUCCAAGCGAUUAUUGAAGGCAUCAGAAAUCUUAUCGCUGGAAAUGUGAAUGGCACAUCAGAUCCUUAUGCUCUUGUUACUUGCGAUACAGAGAAAAGACUCAGGAUUUUAGUUUAUUUUUCUGCUUCUCUCGCUGCUUUUGUCUGUCCUCUUUGA